AUGUUACCCUAUUCCUGUCGUACACCUCAUAAAAGUAACAUCGAUUAUGGGCGUAAAGCAGACGAUUUAGUUAGCGGGUCAUCUAGUUAUCUUGAUCAAAUAAAAUUAACUUUAUCAUCAUCAUCAGAACUAAAACAAAACUUGCCUCUAAUAUCUUCAUUAUCACCUCGUAGAAUUCGCUUAGAUUCCGACGGCUCAUCAUUAUCAUCGUUUGGUGCUAGUGACAUUGAACGAUUUUUAGAAAAAUCUACACUUAUAUCUCAGAUAUGUUCUCCAAGAGAACGCCACAGUCCUGUUAAACCUUCAUCUUCUUCGCUAGAGUCUCCGGUAAUUUCUUCCAAUUGUCAGAUAACGUUGUCUUAUGGUGAAGAUGAUGACGAAAAUUUUGAAACGCGAAAAUCAAAAAUAUCUUCAUCAUUGAGACUGAAACCUCAAAGUCCCAGUCAACAACGUCGACGAAAUCCAUUGGUUAUUAAUAAUUAUAUGCAAUUAUGGGCAUCAUUUCAGUUAGAAAUGCCAUCGUUAGCAUGUUGCUCAAGUGAUACACAUAUUUUAGUCUAUGAAUAUUCAUCUAAAUUAGUUUUGUUUAGCAGAGAUAAGAAAAUACGUGAAAUCGAAUGGAAUUUUGAACAGAGAGGCGGUGUCAACGAUAUAUGUUGGUCAAGAUUUAUGCAUCGUUUCUUGGUGCUAAGCGAAAAAACGUUAUAUACGUACGAAGCAGCAACAAAUCAACUGGAUAUAGUAGACCAAAUUAAACCGUUGAACGAUGGAAUUCAAACCGGUGAUUUAUUAUCAUUAACAAAUUAUUAUUCUCGUGAUGUAUAUUUGUGUUAUGACGAACAAAUUGUUGUUGAUCAGUAUAAAUUGCCUUUAUGGUCUUUCGUUAAACAAUGGACAAAGUCAGAUAUUUGUGACAGAUCAACAAGCAUAUAUGAUCAAAGUAUUGGUUGUAUACGUUCAAAUGGAGAAUGUAUUGGAUUAUCAAUAUUACAAGAAAACUGGACAUGGCGAUUUGAUUUAUUUGAUUUAAAUAUGAUAUGUUUACGUAGAAAUGUUGGUGGAUGUUCGAGAAACGAUGGUUCAUCCUAUAUAUGUAUGUUAACUCCAUUACAUGAUGACAAAUGGCUGGUUAUGAAUGGAAAUGUCGAAUAUUCAUCGAUUGUUCAUGCUAACGGUGAUAAACAACAACUAAGCUAUAAAAUAUUGAAUUCGGCUUUAUUUGAUUUCGGAAAUUCAUAUGGUCGAUAUGAUUUUAAUGCAACAGCACAAGAUGAACUUAGUUUUCCGAAAGGAGCUAUACUCAAAGUCCUUAAUAUGGAAGAAGACAUGAAUUGGUAUAAAGCCGAAUUACAUGGUACAGAAGGUUAUGUGCCCAAAACAUACAUUGAAAUGAUUCCGCAUCCGUGGUUUUAUGGUGGAAUUGGACGCGUUGAAGCCGAAAAGAUUUUGUUACAAAAAGAUAUGACUCAUCAUAUGAAUGAACCAGACGGCGCAUUUCUUGUACGAAUGUGUGAGAGUUCACCUGGAGAUUUCUCAUUAUCUGUCAAAUGUCAAGAUCAAGUUCAACAUUUUAAAGUGUUACGUGAUGGUAUGGGAAAAUAUUUUUUAUGGGUCGUUAAAUUUGAUUCUAUAAACGAAUUAAUUGAUUAUCAUCGAACAACAUCGGUUAAUCGAGGGCAAACUCUACUUUUAAAAGAUAUGUUAUCAUUAACAAAUAAUAACGAACGUCAAAAACAACAACAAACAUCGUUUAAUGCUCAACAAUCUGUACAACAGCCAGUACAACAACAAUCAUCGUCAUCAAAAAGUCAAAUGUAUCAAGCAACUUAUGAUUUUGCACCUCAAGAAGAAGGUGAAAUUGAAUUGAAACGGGGAGAUCGAAUACGAAUUAUUGAUCAGUCAGAUGUGAACUGGUGGAAAGGAGAAGUUCGAGGUAGAAUUGGUUUAUUUCCGGCGACAUAUUAUUCAGCAAAGGAAAAAAUGCAGUGGUUUAAUGGCCCAAUAAUUGAUGCUGUUCGUGAAGCUAAAACUUUGAAUCGUUUAUUUUUGGUUUAUGUUCGGGAUGACAGCAAUGAAUCGAUUGAAAUGGAUAAACAAUGGAAAGACGUCACCAAUAAAGAAUUAGAAACGACUGCAUUAUGUUUAGAAAAAUCGAGUGAAUCAUGUGAACAAUUUUCAGCUAUUUACAAGGUUGAUAAGUAUCCGAAAGUAUAUUUGAUAGGCGGACAAAACGGACGAGUACUAAAAACAAUUGAACAUGUGCAAAAUGCUCAAGAACUUAUUCAACACAUAGAAGAUGCCAUACAGCAGAUGAAUCAAAGUCAAGUUCCGCAAGCACAAGCAACAACUGAUGGAGAUAAUUCAACGGCAAUUUCUGAAACAACAGAACAAAAAAAAAAUAAAACUGUUGAAGAAAAAGUAGCUGAAGCACGUGCUCGUUUGAAACAAUUACAUGAUCAGCGAGAGAAAGAAGCUAAAGAAAAAGAGUUGACAGAUGAAAUUGAACGUCGUCGUUUAGGUCAACAAAUGCUGUUAGAUAAACAGAAGAAAGAAGAAGAACAGAUGAAAAAACAUACUGAAGAUUUAAAACGUCAAAAACUAGAACAACAAGCACAGCAAGAAAAAAUAAAACAACAAAUUCAACAAGAUAGAGAAGAAAAACGGAAAAAAUAUGAAGUAAAACAAGAAGAACAUCCCACAGUGAUACAGAAAACAAAUGUGCAAUCGGAAGAGAAAAAGGAUGUCGGAGUGAAACCCGUUUAUACCCGUGCUCGUUUACAAUUUCGUUUAACUGAUGGCUCUUAUUUCACAGAAGAUUUUCCAUGUGAUUCUAAAUUAUCGGUUGUAUAUGCUUACCUUGAACAAACUCUGCCUUCGCCACUCUAUCGUAAUGGAAAUUAUGUCCUACGUACAACUCACACACGUAUUCAGUUAACACAGGCCGACAAUGAUCGAACAUUAGCAGAAUUAGAAUUAGUACCAACAGCUGUGUUACUUGUUUUAAAUCGAGCAAAUGCUACAUCAUCGGGUAUUUCUACACAUUCUACGUCCCCAAGCACCUAUUUAAAUCCUACUGUUUUACUGCAAAAUAUACCUUUAGUAUUCACUUGGUUUUGGUCUCAAAUUAAUUUUCUUUAUCAAUUUGUCACAUCAACUGUUUUUGGAGGUGGUCCUCCAACUAGCCAAUCACGAGCCACACGAGAGACUUCACCUUUAAACAGAAAUUCAAAUGCAAAUGCAGCGAGAGAUGCUCAAGAAACGGUGCGAAAGCGACAUAUUGAAAAGACAAAAGACACGACAUUUGUACAGGAUGGUAACGCUAGUGUAAGACGUUUUCACAAUGCUCAGGAUGAUGAAGACGAUGAAGAAAAACGAACAUGGAAUGGAAAUUCAACACAACAGAUAUGUUAUGUAGCUAAUAUAAAGAUCGAAUCUCAAAUAAUGUCAUUUUCGUUAUCUACGUCUUCGCUCUCAACUUCAUCGACAGUAUCAUCUAUUUUUCAUCGUGCUUCAUCGUUUAUAACAUUUCGUUCCCCUUCUAAAACUCCACCAUUAGAUGGUGAAAUUAUAUUCAGUAAAAAUAAUGUUUGUAUUCAUCCGCCGAGUCGACUUCAUUCUCAAACAUUACACCAUCCAGGAUAUUUAUGUAUUAAAUGUCAAAAUAAUCCAGCACUUGGUGCAACAUUAAUUUUGACAUGGAUUCCAAAUUCAACAUUGAAAAAUCGAACGAAACAACAGCAACCACUCACACCAAAUCAAUCACGAUCAAUAUCUUUAUCACAAUAUGAUUCGCCACACAACGGAACUGUAUCAGCUUCGACUCCUGUUCAUUCAAAAACGCUUAAUCUUCCAGAUCAUCAAUUAUCUGCCAUUAGUAUGAUCGAUAGCGAUUAUCAUAGUGAUCAUCCUUCAUUUACUUCAUUAUUUUCACCAUCACCUCAGAUUCAAGUUAAUGACCAUGAAAAUGAUCCUGAUGAUCAUUUCGAAGAUGCCUGUGAUGAAUCGAAUAGGCAUGAAUCAGUUAUAUCGGAAACGACGGAAGGUCCCGAUGAACAGAAUGAUAUUGAAAUAUUUACCGAUCUCGACGAUAAUGAUGAUGAUGUUCUAAUCACUGAUGAACAUGAACAACAGCCACCAAUUCUCAAAACAACGUCAUGGAAAGAUGUAGCAGGUAUCUAUGAACAACACAAUGCAUUAUUAAUAGAAGAUGAUUCAAUGGUACAUGGUACAGAACAAAUGAAAUCAGUUGCAGAACAAUUUUGUGGAGUAUUUUCAGUGAAUUUAGGUCAAAUGCGUUCAUUACGUUUAUUUUAUUGUGAUGAAUUAACCAACAGUGGUCAAUUAGUAAUAGCCUCGUGUGAAAGUCAAUAUAAAGUGCUGCAUUUCCAUCAAGGUGGAUUAGAUAGAUUAACUAAUGUAUUUAAUGAAUGGAAUAUAUUUGCAGUAGAAAAAGCAAAAGCUGGUUUUUCAAAUUGUCAUCAAUUUAAUGUUGUUCAUCCCACAAUCGAUUUAACUGAUUUACAUCCAGAAGAAGGUUGUUAUCAUCUAAUAACGGCCGAUGUUUGGAAAACAUAUUUCAGUGCACAUGGAGAGAUACAGGAUAAUUAUCAACUAAGAAAAUCAAUUUUUUUUGGCGGUAUUGAUUCUUCGAUAUCUCGUCAUGUUUGGCCAUUUUUAUUGCAUUUAUAUCCGUUUGAUUCAACUUACGAACAACGAGAGACAAUUUGUCAUCAAAAAUAUUUACAAUAUCAAAAAAUCAGAGCAAAAAGAGAUUUAGCAGCGAAUGAUCCCGAUCAACUGCAAUUUACUCAUGAUGUGGAAUCAAUCAUAGAAAAAGAUGUUGUGAGAACUGAUCGUUCGAAUCCAUACUAUAAAGGAGAUAAAAAUCCAAAUUUACAACUGAUGAAAGAUAUUCUGAUGAAUUACGCUUUCUAUUGUCCAACAAUGGGUUAUAGUCAAGGUAUGUCAGAUUUAUUGGCACCCGUAUUAGCUGUUAUACAAAAUGAAUCGGAUACUUUCUGGUGUUUUGUUGGAUUAAUGAACAGAACAAUAUUUAUUAGUACACCAACAGAUGAUGUUAUGGAAAAACAACUGAGAUAUUUACAUGAAUUACUUCGUUUAAUGUUACCUGAUUUUUAUUGUCAUUGUUUAAAACAAUCGGAUGGAUUAGAUUUAUUAUUUGUUCAUCGAUGGAUUUUACUGUGUUUUAAACGUGAAUUUCCCGAAUUUGAGGCAUUGCGUAUGUGGGAAUCAUGUUGGGCUCAUUUUCAGACAGAUUAUUUCCAUUUAUUUUUAUGUAUUUCAAUAAUGGCCAUCUACGGCGAUGAUAUUGUUCAACAACAAUUAGGAACAGAUGAUAUGUUAUUACAUUUUAAUAGUUUAGCCAUGCACAUGAAUGGACAUAUUGUACUUAAAAAAGCUCGUAGUUUAUUAUAUAAAUUUCGUUUAUUACCUCGUAUUCCAUGUGUCCUUCAUGAUAUCUGUACGUUAUGUGGCCCUGGUAUGUGGGAUAGUAUUCACGUACCACAAGUCUAUUGUAUAUGCACAACUAAUCAAGAAAAAGAACGCUGUCCAUUCAGUGGAAUAUGUUUAUAA